AUGACUCCCUGGGCGCUGGCGCUGAGCGGCGCGGGCAGUUUGCCGUGGAACCCGGCGAGGAAGCUCCUGAUAGCCGGCGCCGACGGGCUGCUCUGCGGGCUGGGCGGCCGCCGCCGCCAAGGCCAGGGCUCGAGGGUCUGGUCACGGUUUCAUUCGGGCUGCCGGCGGCAGCUGUCAGCCGGGGCUGCGCUGGGAGGCGGCCCCGGGCCUGGGGCGGGGAGACAGCAGCCGGGGACCGCCUACAGCAGCGACAGCCGCAGCCACGGCCACGGCGGCCCCGGGGACAUGAAGAGCUUCCUGUGGGAGUCGUACAGAGAGACCAAGAAAGUCUGUCAAGAUCUGAUCCUUUCAGAUACACACAAUAUGCUCAAUCCAGAUGCAAUAUUUGCCAAUAAUGAAGUGUGCCUAUCAGACAUCGAAAUUUAUGGCUUUGACUAUGACUACACACUCGCUUUUUACUCUAUCCAUUUGCACAGUCUGAUCUUCAACACUGCACGAGAAAUGCUCAUUCAACAACACAAAUAUCCAGAAGGUCUCCGAAGCUAUGAGUACAACGCCAACUUUGCAAUACGUGGACUUCAUUAUGAUGUGCAAAAGGGAAUACUGAUGAAAAUUGAUGCCUUUCACUACAUUCAGUUAGGGACUAUAUACAGAGGACUGAGCCCUGUUUCAGAUGAAGAAAUAUUAGAAAUGUAUGAAGGCACCCAUGUUCCCUUGGAACAGAUGAGUGACUUUUAUGGGAAGAGUUCACAUGGGAACACCCUGAAACAAUUCAUGGACAUCUUUUCGUUGCCAGAACUGACUCUACUUUCCUGUGUCAAUGAUUAUUUUAUGAAGCAUAACAUUGAUUUUGAACCAGUCUAUCUUUACAGAGACGUAAAUGAAGUAAUCAGAGAUGUUCAUGUGAAAGGAAUACUGUAUACUGCAGUAGAAAGAGAUAUCGAAAAGUACAUAUCUCAUGGAGAAAAAACAUGCCGUGUGUUAACAAAGUUGAUCAACAAUGGCAAGAAGCUCUUCCUCAUAACGAACAGCCCGUUUAGCUUUGUUGACAAAGGAAUGCAGUACAUUGUUGGUAAAGACUGGCGUGAUCUCUUCGAUAUUGUCAUUGUGCAGGCUGACAAACCAACAUUUUUCAAUGACAAAAAGAAACCAUUCAGGAGAGUAAAUCAAAGUAGUACUUUGCUCUGGGACAAAGUAAGCAAAUUGGAGAAUGGACAAAUCUACAAACAGGGCAACUUAUACGAGUUUCUAAAACUUACUGGCUGGAUUGGAUCAAAAGUGCUUUAUUUUGGGGAUCACAUUUACAGUGAUCUAGCUGAUCUUACCUUGAAGCAUGGUUGGAGGACGGGAGCAAUUAUUCCAGAGCUGCAAUACGAGAUUAAGAUCAUGAACACUAAGGAGUAUAGCAGAGUUCUCUUAUGGCUUCAGGGUCUUACUGGGUUGCUUGAACGUAUGCAGGUUUAUGCUGAUCCUGAGUCUCAGAUGGUGCUCCAAGAAUGGAACAAGGAAAGACGUGAGUUGAGGGAAAUGACGAAAACCAUCUUCAACCCCCAGUUUGGAAGCAUUUUCAGAACUCAUCACAAUCCCACCUAUUUUUCGCGCCGUCUCUCCCGGUUUGCAGAUAUUUACAUGGCCUCCUUAAACUCUCUAUUGAACUAUGACCUGCAUUACACAUUCUACCCCCGGAGAACCCCAUUGCAACAUGAAGCCCUUCUGGGGUCAGAUCAACUCUCUACUGACAAAAUCCCUUUCAGAGAAGAGGUGGCUCAAAAUAAAUGACCUUUACUGUAAUUUACCUUCUGGUUUGCAUGAAUGUUGGGUUUUACGUUUUCAUUAUUGUUUGCAAAUCUGCUAUUUGGUUAUACAGUAUUUAAAUUUCGGUGUGCCGUAGAACGAAAACUAAGUUAAGCAUCUCUCAGGCUGGACUCAAUUGAAGUGAGUCUCUAAGUGGGGAAAUGACAGUCUGUUACUGAGUAAUGUUUCAUUUAUUAUUGAACUGAAGGAGAAAAUGUUGACAUGAUUUGUUAUAUUUUUCCUCCUGUGCUUACUUGUCCUCUAAAUGUAUGAAAGUAUUUAUAUGGAUUCUGACUGGAUUCAUGUGUUGUCUAUUUGAGUGUCCUAUCGCACAAUGCAAUACAAAAUUACGUUUGUAAAGCGACUUUCACGUCAGGAGGAC